GCUGAUUUGACUCUGCGAUUGUUCAAUUCCACGAGAUCUGCGACUUGCGUUUAAUGUAGAACGGCCUUUGAGAUCCACUUUUGUGAAUAUGGCGCUAAAACCAGCUGCUGAAACCGUCGUAAGAAACUACAAUAGGCAGCUCUCAGGUUUCUCUUUGCUAAAUAUCUUUCUCGCGAAUUGCACAUGUGACUGGACGCGUAACAAACAACGAAUUCAAGCAACAUUGUUCAAUACCAGUGUUAUUAGCGUUUGAUAACAUUAAUAUGUCCGCCCUUCAAAAGUCAAUUUUAAAAUCCAGAUUGCCACCGUCAACUGUAAACUUCCCCGCGUUGAAUUCCAGACUUAAUAAAUCAAGAGGAUUCCAGCGAAAAAGAGAUUAUGAUCCAGUGCAGUGGAAUCUAUAUUUUGAUUAUACGAAAGAUGUGGUUGUUGGAAAAAAUACUUUUCACGUUUAUAUCAAAGGCACUGAAGGACCAUUGUUAGUUUUAUUACAUGGUGGUGGUUACAGUGGGCUCACAUGGGCAGAACUUACAAAGUCAAUCAUGACUAUGAUUUUAUGUAGAGUAAUGGCUAUUGAUCUCAGAGGUCAUGGAGAUACUCAUACUACAGAUGACGAUGAUUUAUCUGCUGAUACUUUAGCAUCGGAUGUUGAAGCAAUUAUAGGUGCAACAGUUGAGCUUAAUACUCCAAUAAUUCUCUUUGGUCACAGCAUGGGUGGUGCUGUAGCUGUAAAAGCAGCUCCACUAAUUCCAAAUUUGUGUGGCUUAGGUGUUAUAGAUGUUGUUGAAGGUACAGCGAUGGAUGCAUUGGCAUCCAUGCAAAGUUUUUUGAGAUCCAGACCAUCUGGUUUUAGCACCAUAUCUCAGGCUAUAGAAUGGUGCGUUCGUAGUGGACAGAUUCGUAAUAUACAAUCCGCAAAAGUUUCAGUUCCUGGACAGAUAAAGAACAUUGAAACUAGCAAAUUAGCAACUCAUGAUAUUGAUUCUCAAUACAACAAUACAUGUGAAUCUAAUCCAGCUCCUGUUAUACCACGAGAUGAUGUUAUCCAAGAAGAAGAAUCCCUCACCAUGCCACCGCCCCCACCUGCAUCAUCCGCUGCUUCUACUAAUAGAAAGUAUGUUUGGAGAAUAGAUUUGGCAAAAACGGAACAGCAUUGGUUCGGCUGGUUUAAGGGAUUGUCGACAGCAUUCCUAAAUGUAUCGGUUCCAAAAAUGUUGUUGUUAGCUGGAGUCGACAGAUUAGAUCGUGAACUUACCGUAGGACAAAUGCAAGGUAAAUUUCAAAUGCAAGUAUUACCCGCUUGCGGACAUGCCGUUCACGAAGAUGUCCCGGAUAAAGUAGCAGAAGCUAUUGCUACGUUUAUGGUCAGGCAUAAGUUUGCAGAACCAGCAUCAGAUUUUCCACGGACUUUUCCAGCUUGUUAAACAAAAGUAAAAACUACUUUUAAUGUUGUAAACUUAUGGAAUAUAAUGUAAAAGAAAUUCUUAAGUUUAGUAAUAUAAUUAUUUAUUUCUCCAGUUACAACCACAUUAAAUA